GGUGGAAGCGUGUCCGGGCCUGAAUCCGGCCUUGCCCCGCCUCCUCCCACCCUCGUCCUACCCUUUUCCCUGGGCUAGGGCUCAGGCCCCCUGUCUGGCCAAAGAUGGCGCUGAGGACAGUAUCGGCAUUAAAGAGGGGCCUCGGCGGCUCGGGCCUGGGGCUCCUUCGCUCAGGAAACUUUCUUCCCUGUGCUGCUCAACAUAGACUGGAAAAAAUGCCGAGUUACAUAGACUACCCCGCAACAGCAAGAAGGUCAUUUAGUAACCAUCGAAUUAUAGUGGAUAUGGAUCAAAUUCUUGGGGUUGCUACAAUCAAGAUGAAGAAUCCUCCAGUGAACAGCUUAAGCCUGGAAUUACUAACAGAAUUUUUAAUAAGCUGGGAGAAACUAGAAAAUGAUAAAAGUUGCAAAGGUGUCAUCUUAACAUCCAACUACCCCAAAAUCUUCUCUGCUGGCCUGGAUAUUACCGAAAUGUGUGGAAAGAAUGCAGCACACUAUACUGAGUACUGGAAAGCAGUACAAGAGUUGUGGCUGAAGCUGUACAUGUCCAACAUGGUGGUGAUAGCAGCAAUCAAUGGAUCCAGCCCCGCCGGAGGCUGCCUGCUUGCCUUAACAAGUGACUACCGAAUCAUGGCCGACAACCCGAAGUACACCAUUGGUCUGAACGAAACCCUGCUGGGCAUCGUAGCGCCCUUCUGGUUUAAAGACAGCCUUGUAAACACGAUUGGGAACAGAGCUUCCGAGAAGGCCCUUCAGCUGGGCUUGCUCUUCCCUCCUGCAGAAGCCCUCAGAAUAGGCCUUGUGGAUCAGACAGUGCCAGAAGACAAGAUGCAGAGCACAGCUCUCAGUGUGAUGUCUCAGUGGCUGAAGAUUCCAGACCACGCUCGCCAGCUUACCAAAACCAUGAUGAGAAAACCUACUGCCGAUCUGCUGCUGAAACAGCGAGAAGCGGAUAUCAACAACUUUGUCAGAUUCAUCUCCAGAGAUGGCAUCCAGAAAUCUCUUCAUAUGUAUUUAAAAGCACUUAAAGAACGAAAAGGGUAAAAGUUGAGGCUCCUGAGCCAGGUUGUGGGGUGGGGUUCAUCGAAACAAAGUCAUGUACAGACCUUACAAGCCUUUCUUUGGAUAGCUGUAGGUUUUCUAAAAGAAGAUAUUUUUCAAGAUAAAAGUAAAUGUAAUUAUUUGUUCUUAGUUUGUUAAUUUUUUCAGAAGAUCUUGUCCCCUUAUUCUGACUUCCCCAAGGUAUCUUUUCUUUCUUCCCAUCGGUGUAUUUUGUCUCUAGCCCACUCCACAUAAAUCUAGAAGAUGCUUAGGAGACUUGGUGGAUAAUGUGGAAAGGAAGCCUUUAGUUCUUGAGUAGCAUUUUACCUGGGAAUCAUGAGUAGUAGCCUUACUGAACUUGGAAAUAAAACCACCUUUGCUCAAAGAGAAUUGUGAAUAAAAGUCCGAAGAUUUUUUUGCUCUCCAGCCUCAGGGCUGGUGACCUGGUUGCCCAAGUGAUGAGAGGCAUUCUACAAGUAAUUAGUGAGCUGCAAAGAGCACUUCACCACUUACCACUUCCCUUAUAUAUACUCAGAAUGGAACUUUUCAAAUAAAUAGCUUUUCAGGA